AACACGACAAAAGUCUCUCUCCCUGUGUGUCUUAAUAUUUUUCUUCUCAGCUCACAAUUUCAAAAUCGCCGAGAAAUUAUUAACUUUUAUUAUCGGAAAAUAUAUUUUCUCGGCCAUCAAAUGUGAUGGGAGGUGGAUUCUCCUCCCUCUUACCUUGCUUCAACCAAGGUCACUGUAGCCGCCGCCGCCAACACUCCCCGACAUCAGCGGCGCAGAAUCAAACUCAUUCCGAUCGGCUCAACACUCUCUGUGAGCCGUUGGAUGAGACUCUAGGCCACUCUUACUGCUACGUCCCUUCCUCUAACCGCUUCCUUUCCCCCUUCCCUUCGGAUCGGUUCACCUCUCCCACCGGUUCGUUCCGGUUAUCUCCCGGUCGGAUCCGAGGCUCCGCGUCAUCGGACCAGCUCCACACCGGGUUCAGAUCUAUCUCCGGAGCCUCGGUUAGCGCCAACACGUCAAAUUCCAAAACUGUCCUUCAGCUCGACGAUAUUUACGACGAUGCCACUGUGAGCACUUUCGGCGGCAGCCUGAGGAGCUGCGUCGUGAACGCUAACGGCUUCGAAGGAACGUCGUCGUUUAGCGCGCUCCCGCUUCAGCCCGUGCCGUUGGGACCGGACCGGUCCGGUCCCGUGGAGCGUAACGGUUUAUUCAUGUCCGGUCCGAUCGAGAGAGGCGCGACGUCGGGACCGCUGGACCCCGCCGGAGAGAUUUUGAGAUCUAACUCCGCCGGCGUGCACUUCUCGGCGCCGCUCGGCGGCGUUUACUCGAAGAAGAGGCGGAAGAGGAGGAAGAAGAAGAGUCUCUCGUGGCAUCCGAUUUUCGGGGAGAGGAAGCAGCGGCCGUGGGUUCUCCCGGUGUCGAACUUCGUCGUCGGUGCUAAAAAGGAGAACACCGUGAGUCCCGACGGCGGCGAAGCGGCGGCGGAGGCAGCUUCCGCCGGAGAGAACGAGUUACAGUGGGCGUUGGGGAAGGCGGGAGAGGACAGAGUGCAGCUAGCUGUUUUCGAGAAGCAAGGGUGGCUCUUCGCCGGAAUCUACGACGGGUUUAACGGUCCCGACGCGCCGGAGUUUCUGAUGGCUAAUCUUUACCGUGCGGUUCAUAGUGAGUUACAAGGCUUGUUCUGGGAACUUGAGGAAGAAGAGGAAGACGAAAAAGGUGAUAAUAGGUUAGAUAGUAGUACAACAGAGUUAGCAAGUUCGAGCAAGAGUCCAUCAGAGGUGGUGGAAGUGAAGGAGAGGAAACGUUUAUGGGAGCUUCUCGCGGAGGCUCAAGCGGAAGACGGGUUAGAUCUUUCAGGUUCCGAUAGGUUUGCGUUCUCGGUUGACGAUGUUAUUUCCGGAGGCAAUGCUGUCUCUGUCGGAAGUAAGAGGUGGCUGUUCUUGUCGAAGUUGAAGCGGGGUUUGUCUAAGCAAGGAGUUUCAAGCGAAGCCGAGGUGGUAGAUAGCGUUAGAGUAGAGGAAACGGUGGAGAAGAGGAAGAAGAGACGUAAAGUGGGUACGGUCGAUCACGAGUUGGUUCUUAAAGCCAUGUCGAAUGGUCUCGAAGCCACGGAGCAAGCGUUCUUGGAGAUGACUGAUAAGGUUCUCGACACGAAUCCCGAGCUUGCGUUGAUGGGUUCUUGCUUGCUGGUUGCGCUGAUGAGAGAUGAUGAUGUGUAUAUAAUGAACAUAGGGGAUAGUAGAGCUCUAGUUGCGCAGCAUGAGGUUAAAGAAACGGGUGGGGGUGUGGAGACAGAAAGAUGUAGUGAUUUGGACAUAGACAGUGACAUCAGAGAGCCUUCGGCUGUGGAUGACGAUGAAACAUGUGCGCAGGGCACGAAACUGGUGGCGUUGCAGCUGACUACAGAUCACAGCACUAGCAUCGAAGAUGAAGUAACAAGAAUAAAAAACGAGCACCCUGAUGACAUGCAUUGCAUAGUAAACGACAGAGUUAAAGGACGGCUCAAGGUGACCAGAGCGUUUGGAGCAGGGUUCUUGAAGCAGCCUAAACUGAACGAUGCGUUACUGGAAAUGUUUAGAAAUGAGUACAUUGGGACGGAUCCAUACAUAUCAUGCACACCGUCUCUACGUCACUACAGGCUAACAGAGAAUGAUCAGUUUAUGGUUCUGUCGUCUGAUGGGUUGUACCAAUACCUGAGCAACGAGGAAGUUGUUUCUCUUGCCAUGGAGAAGUUUCCAGAUGGAGAUCCUGCUCAACAUGUUAUACAGGAACUACUUGUCCGUGCAGCUAAGAAAGCUGGGUUGGGGUUUCAUGAGCUUCUGGAUAUUCCGCAAGGAGAUAGAAGAAAGUAUCACGACGACUGCACUGUAUUAGUGAUAGCACUUGGAGGAAGUAGGAUAUGGAAGUCAUCAGGAAAGUACUUAUGAGAACCAUGAAAACUACAAUUUGAAGGCAACAGAGAAACUCAAAAAUGUAUCAAAAGGGUGGCAAAAACUUUGUUUAGUUUUCGCCAAGUUCUCUUUUCUUUUUGUUUCCUUAGGAAUGUUUUUUUUUUGUAUUAAUAUUGGUAAAGAAUGAUUGGUUAUCAGUACUAUUUAAUGGAAUCAAUGGG